UGCUUUAACUUCCUGUAUAAUCAUAAAUUGGGUUUUUAUUCAUGAUAUUGAAUUAAUACAAUCCUUAAUGUCUAUUCAUGCAACCUACACAAACCAAGACCCAGACAUAAGCUAUCAAAAGACAAUAUCUGGGAAUGUUCGUACCUAGCCGGCUGGUAUUGUCCAGUGUCUGUGCGUGUUCUAUAUCUGACACUGACAUCACCGUAUACAGUACCUCGAGAGAAUACAGAAUUGCGUCCGUGCGUCCCGCCCUUUAAGAUGCGCUUGUAGCCUAUGGAAUGUUUUUCCUCAGUUUUCCUAGCAGUCUACGCGCGCGCGCGCUCUGCGGUGGAACAGAGAUCUAUUUAUGAUGGUUUGAAAAAUACAGUCGUUCAAUUAAACGUCGGCCAAAAACCAGAAUGGGAGGGGGCAAAGGAAGACGGAAAUGAAAGGGGGUGUCCGAAGAGAAAUUCUAUAUCCCUUUAAGAGCAACUGGGACAUAGCGGUGCGAGAAAAGGAGAGGAGGGGGAGAAGAAAGAGGAAUUAAAAAAGAAAAGGAAGAAAGAGACAGGGAGGGAGGAGGGAGAGCGAGCGAGCGAUAAAAAAAGAAAGAUGACAUCCUCGCAAUUGAACCGCCGAGGUGGAGCGAUAGGCUGCGGCCCGGCGCGAGCGUUCUUUGCCAGGGUCAGGGCUUGAAUCCAACAACGAGGCUUCGACAAACACCCGAUUGGCCUAUUGGGGGAAAUCGAAAAAAUAGACUCAUAAAUUAAAAGCAUGAACUGCUACUCUUUCAAAUGCGUUUAUUAUAACACUGAUGAUAGCUAUCUGCGUAAAAUGCAUUAAUUUAAUUUUAAUAUCUAGCUAUUAGCCUAUGUAUGACUACGGCUAUAGAAAUAACAUUGAUUUUGUGUGCACAGAUAUUUGGUUUCAAAGUCAUCAAUGCCAUGAGAUAAGCGUUUUUAUCCCUAUGGUUUGAUACAUUAAAGUUAGAAACCAAAGUCUAAAAGAAAUAGGACAUUGGAACUGGCAAUUCCACUCAGGCAGUCUGUUUAGUCGAAACGCCUGGGUGAAUUUGAAUAGAUUGAAUACUUCUCUUGGAUAAAUAUUUUUAGAAAUUAUUUUUAGUAGUUGCACGUCUCGUUCGUAUGAUCAAUAACCUAGGCCUACUCAUCUUGCUACAUUUGAAUAAUAUCAGAUCUUCGCAUCUCAAUCGCAUAUAGUGCGGUUAAAGAAUAUGCCAACGGUUCAUUGUCGAAUCGCAAUCAGGAUUACUUAGCUGACACACUCUUCAUCGCUUUGGUGCAAAAUGGAUGCUGCUUGGAGCAAUUUUCUCUUCCAGACUACUCCCACCCAAAACCAAAUGGAGGGGACCCUCCAAUCAGAACUCUUACCAGUUCAUACGGCCUCUCCUCAGACCCCACCCACAGACCACAUAGCACAGCCUCCAUCCACAGUGGACACUGCUGCCCUCAAUGAAGAACCCUUACCUGUGAAGACGACGUCCAGGCCGGCCCGUGUGCCACACAUCUGUGCCAUAUGCAGCAAGCAGUUCAAGAACAACUACAACCUGCGGCGGCACCAGUCGGUCCACACCGGGGUACGCAUGAAGCGGGCAGGAGCGGGGGAGCAGCAGCAGGAGGAGGGGGCGAAGGAAGGCGGCCCGGCGGUGGCGGGAGGGAGGGUGGAGAGGCACACGGUCCCCCUCUCCCUGCUCCACCUCUCCAUCCCUCAGCCUCUGCCCCCUCCCAGCGCGCCAGCUCUGGGUAGUCAGGAUGGCGAAGGGUUGGCCAUGGCGAGCGUAGUGGCUAGCGUUAACCCCCAUGCUCCUCCUGCUGCUGUCGUCGCGGCGGCGGGGGCGACAGUACAGCGGCCAUCCAACCCUAACCCCAACCCAGUGAGGAAAAAUCACGCCUGCGAAACGUGUGGGAAGGCCUUCCGGGAUGUGUACCACUUGAACAGACAUCGUCUUUCCCACUCGGAUGAGAAGCCAUUCUCCUGCCCCAUCUGCCAGCAGCGGUUUAAGAGGAAGGACCGCAUGAGUCACCACGUGCGCUCUCACCAAGGCGGCGUGGAGAAACCAUACGUGUGUCCCCACUGUGCCAAGGCUUUCUCCAGGCCUGACCAUCUCAACAGUCACGUCAGACAAGUCCACUCCUCGGAGCGGCCCUUCAAGUGUCCGGUACUUGAUACUUGUGAGUCAAGCUUCGCUACGAGGGACCGGCUACGUGCCCAUAUGAUCCGCCACGAAGAGAAGGUCCCAUGCCACAUUUGUGGCAAGCUUCUAUCGGCUGCCUACAUCACCGAUCACAUGAGGGUGCACAACCAAUCACAACACCAUGCCUGUCAUCUCUGUAACCGCAGCUUCACCACCCUGACAUACCUGCGUGUCCAUGCCCAAAAGCACCACGGCCAAGAGUGGAAGGAGAGUGCCGGCGGCUUCGGCGGCACAGGCUCUGGCGGGGUCUUGGUGUGCCAGCUUUGUGGGGUGCACUGUAAGACUCCCACCCAACUACAAGGCCACAUGGGCACCCAUAGCACAGGGGGCUCCCCUGGCCCAGUCUCCUCCAGUGGGGCGUCCAGCUCCUCCAUGUCCCUCAGCAACAUGGUGUCCGCCCCGAGCGUCUACGUCAGCGGCAACUCGGUGGUGGAUCUGCUGGUGUCCGAUUGCUCCAGCAUCCAGCCCCAGUCCCACAGUUAGCAGAGUGGAGCCUCAGUUUACCUAUUCCCCCCCAACUAGCUAUGUCUCCAUAGUGACCGAGGGCUUGUCUAAGAGGGCACACUUUUGACCCUUUGUCCCUUAGAUGGAGGGGGGUGGGUCGGCUUACGGGCAAAAGCAGGGAGAAAGUAUUGAAGAGGUGAGAGAGGAGGAGAGGGAGGACGUUGCACGCGUUGUGCGCAUAAACGACUAACGGCGAUACGAGUGUCCCCCGUCGUGGCUGAAUCCUUCGGCACUUCCAGGACUCCUAUGAUACUGUAAUACUGUGUGCUACUACACUAUUCCUCCACUUUGUCUCCCCAACUUUGGUAUCCCUCAGUUUCACUCCCAGCAAAUACUCCCUGCUGAUACUAAUGCACCAUGUACUGUAAUUGUAUGUCAGUCACACCAACCAGCACUCAGUUGGCCUCCAUUUUGUCACUCUUUUCUCUGAGCAUUCUUGAAAAACGCUUGUAGUAAGUUUUGGGAAA